UUUCCCCUCUUGAUCCAUCUCUCUCACCUGUUGGUGAGGGUUGGCGCCAGGAUGUCCCGGGAGGAUGCCAACUACAGGCGCUCCAUUUCAGCUGCAGAGCGCCUGUCCAUCUGUCUCCGUUAACAGCUGAUGGUGUUUCCGGUGUGGGAGAGGCUCAGUGGCAGCUGCGGAGCUCCGAGCUUCAGAUCUUCCGUCUGAGAGACAAAUGCAACAUUUUACAACCAAAAGUGCCGAAAAAUAAACAGAAGAAGAAGAUUUUUCAAAAGUUUAAUCUGUCAGCGAGGAGAAAAGUUUGUUUCUUCACUUCCGGCAGAGAAACGUGGAGCAAAACAAACCGGCUGCUGCUGCAGGAUGUGAGAGAACCACAACACAAAACACUGAGGACUGAACGCCACAGCAGAUCUGAGACAAGAGCAGGGACAAGUCUGAAGAUCGGCAGGAGACGCUCGGCUGCAGACAAACAUGGCUCUGUUCUUCUCCGGAGCUGUUACAAGUUCCCCAAUAAAACGCAGGUUGCGGGCCAAUCACUCCUGUCAGAGCCUCGACCAGUCUCUCCUCUCUCCUGACUCCUCGUAUGUCUGUUACUCAUCUGUGGAUGGAGGCGAGCCGUGCUCCUGCCGCCGCUCGCCGCGCCUCCUCACCAACGGAUACUACAGCGUCACUGAGGACAGCUUCUCCUGGGACGACGACGGCAACGUGUCGCUGACUCCUUGCAAGACCAACGUGUCCUAUAAGGAGAACCUCGUCAGAGUUUUCCGGCGCAGGCGGCGGCCCCGCGGCUCUCUGGCUCGCCUGCUGAGCGACGUGACAGAGAGCUGCCAGUCGUGGCUGGAUGAGAAAGUCUUCAGAGGCGUGUUCGGGACAGGACUGAACCAAAACCAGACCUGGGACCAAGAGCUGGACCAAGACAGAGACCAGGACUGGACCAGGACCAGCAAGGAGGGCCCGACCAUGUUGGACGAGUCAGCCUGGUCUGGGUUUAACAGCACCGAGCUGGACGACACCUGCAGCUUCACUUACGACCCAACUGAGAUCCCGCCCCCUCCCGACAAAGUGGUCCCGCCCCAGAAGCUGCUCGUCCAGGAGGAGAUUUGUUCAGAGAUCUGUCAAUCAAAGGAGCGGUUCACCCAGUCGCUGGGCGGCCUCUCUGAAGUCCCGCCUCCCUCGCCCUUCUACACCAACAGCUGCUGUCAGGCCUCACCUGAGCACACAGGGUUAACUAUGAAGGCUCUGCUCCUUUUCAUCUUCACCAUCUUCAUCUUCACUGCUCUCUACUCAGGGUGUCUUAUGUGGAGCGCGACCGUGGCGUCGACCGUGUUCAUGAUGGUCACAACAUUUAUGCUCGUGACGAAGUCGGGGCCGAUGGGCGAAUGGAGGCGGGCGAAGACGGAGGAUAUCACAUCAAGAAAUGAGUAAAAGAAGCGUCAGGAGACAGUUUCCAAAGUCUGCAAUGUGAAACUUGAAGAGUGGCAGAAAAGGUCUGAAGGGACUCGGCAGAAAUCUUUAUAUUUCACUAACUGUUUGCAUGUAAGUUGCACUUAAAGUUAUCCUGAGCUCCGGAAAACAUUUUACAGCAACACCUGCUUGAUGCUUCGACUGAAAAUGAAAUCUUUUUGAAUGUAAAUCUUUAUUUAAAUAUGUUUUCUGCGCUGAAAUGCGUCGACCAAAAGGGCUGAAGUUUUUGAACUGUUUGAAAUUAAAUCAAAGCCGACACAUCUUAAACAUUUAACCUUGAAGUCCAAUGCAAAACGCUGGGAAAAUCAGCAUGGUGGUGCGUCCAGGUAGUCCUCUGUGUUGGAUGCUGUGACCAUGAAACUUUUCACCAACAUCAUGUUUGGAUUUUCCCGGAGUGUAAAAGCUGAAUCAGACAGUAUGUUUGCUGUUAAAAAGCUGAAGGAGCUCAUUAACGUGGUGACACAAGUUACUGUAGCUUAACUAUAAAACAUUAAAAAAAAGUAUCCAUAUAAAAUAUAAAACAUCCAAAUGUACAUGAUGUAUUUUUGAAACACUGUAAGUGUAUCUUUUAUUGUCAAUAGUUGAACUUGGCUUUUUUGGGCUGUCCAAAGUGACCAAAUGUCAGACUGAACUCGUCUGAAGAACAAAUUCAGGUCCAACAGCAGUGAUUCAAAACAAGAGCUGUGACUUUUUCUAAAAAAAUUUUUUAAAAAAAAUGCACAACACACCUGAAGUUCUAGUUCAUCUACCUGGGAGUAUUAACCACAGGAAGUGCCGUUUUUUUU